CAUAAACAUUCUCAUGCCAACAUGAGCACCCUAUUCGUAGCAUUGAGUUGAAAUAAUGUCAUCCAUGCUUGUCUUCUAAUAUAAAAUGCAUUCAUAUAGUAAUCGAAAUGUUCUCUUAAAAUAUUUUAUAUAACUAUCGUGCACUUCCGAUUGAUUAACUAAAUGACAACAGUCUUUAAGUUUUGCUGAAAUGGCUUGUAAUGAUGACUGGCAGGUAGCAGGACGUCGUAAAGGCGCUUCCCGAAGAAUAAAACACCUCAAAACGGACUCUCGUCAGCUCUCUGAGUGUCAGGUGUUUAAACAAAGGACAAUAAACGCAAUGAACGAGCUGAGAGGAGAAGACUUCUGGCUGCAAUGGAGAGAUGUCCUAUCUGAGCAUCUUCUUUCCAGUGCUUCAGUGUCCUCAAAGAAGAAUGAAGAUGUCUCUCUUAAGCACUGUGUGUGUUACGGUUUGGGCAAUUUUGCCUCCUGCAUAUCUGCCAGAUACCAGCUUGCAAUGUUGUUACUGCUUUUGGAGACACUCCAUAUUCCAGAGGGAAGUUGUUGUGUCUAUGACCCUGUGUUUUCUGCGUUGGAGUGCAAUGCUCUCAGAGAGCUCGGCUUCGAUGUGUUAACUGAAAAUGAGGAGGGGAAGCGAGCGGUGUGUCAACCUACCCUGUUCUACCUGAUGCAUUGUGGGAAAGCUCUGUACAACAACCUGCUGUGGAAAAACUGGUCGCCUCAGACUUUGCCAAAGAUUGUUAUUAUAGGCAACAGUUUUCAUGGCAUUCAAGAAAGGAUGUUACAGAGAGAAUUUGAAAGAGAUUACAGCUUCUUAUCAAAUGUGAUCCGUGUAUGUGAGGAGACGUCUCUGUUCUGCUCACACCGCUUUCUGGAUGUGUUUAAUGACACGGCGCUCAUUCAGUUCCCUCCUGAGAAUCUGAACAGACUUGCAGACUGUACGUGGACUGAGACUUCAGAGCCGCUGUACCAACACUGCAAGGAUCUCGAGAUCAUCCUGAGAGAGAAACACUGCUGAGGAAUAUUAACAAACGUGAAACACGAUGCUGUUAAUGUUUCAUUACGUUUUUAAUAUUUUCUUUAUAAUUAUUUUGGGAAAAUAAUGUUAAAGUAAAGAUAAUGUAUUUUAAUUACAUAAAAAAGAAAACAUUUGAAAAGAAAUGCUCAAUGUCUGUGCUUCCCUUUUUUAAAGAAAAAAAUACAUUUGAUCUAAAAUCAUUUGAUUUUCCACUGAUGUAACUAAAGCUGUCUGAAUUGGGAAAUGUAUUAACCAACCGACUGGUCUAUUCUUAGUAGAAAAAGUAGGCUUGUAGUCUACGCUUGUUGGCUCUUGACAAAAUGUUAAGUCACAUUGGAUCAAUGCAUUUGCUAAAUAAAUGUAAAUGAUGAGAAAACUGUGAAAUAAAGAACUUUUUUGUUUGA